CUUCUGCGACGUCUACCGUCGCCACCCCUUCCAUCUUCUCUCUCUGCACUCUGCAGCCUCAAAUUCUUCCUCUUCCACUGCAGCUGGGAACCUCCAUCAGUCUUUCUUGGAGUCGUGGAAGGUUUCUUGGGGGGGUGCAUCCGUUGUUGAAGUUCGCUCCUUUUCGGGCGUCUUCGACCUCUGGUCAUGUCAAAUUCCUCACUUUCGCUGGUAUGGCUUGAUUGUCGUUCUGGGUGAGGGGGGGGUGUGAUUUCCUGAUGCUAAUCUUCUCCGACUGUCGAGACGAACUUGAUUCGCGUAGUUAUGACCCGCUGGUUGCUGAAUUUGACUGAAAAUCUGCCUGGCUGUGCUUUUGAUCUCGGCGAGUUUGGAUGCAUUGCUUUAAAUCGAUACGAUCGCCGAAUAAAGUGGAGUUAUCAGAUGUCAUUGUUGAAAUGUCUUUCGGAGGAUCUUGGAUGCUGUUAUUCAGUUUUGAGGUUCAGCCUGGCAUCAUUUUCAGAGAUAUUUAGUUACACAGCUUGCAGACAGUUGUCCCAAUUGCUCUUGUCGAUCAUCUUCUUUCAUGGGUCUGAGUAUAUCCUCGCAGUUGCCUUUCAUGGAAGAUCGAAUGUAACUCUUAAAUCCCUCUUGGUCAGCCGAAAUUAUCUUCUUGCAAUGUUCUUUUCGCUGGUGGAGUAUCUUCUUGAAGUUUCUUUAUUUCCAGCUUUGAAAGAAUGCUGGUGGAUCAGCAAUUUCGGCUUAGCCAUGAUUGUAGUUGGGGAAAUCAUCAGGAAGAUGGCGAUUAUAACUGCUGGGCGGGCGUUCACGCAUUUGAUCAAAAUCUAUCAUGAGGAUCAUCACAAGUUGAUAACUCACGGAAUAUAUCGAUUCAUCCGUCAUCCUGGAUAUUGCGGAUUUUUCAUCUGGUCAGUCGGGACUCAGAUAAUGCUGUGCAAUCCCGUGUCAACAUUUGCUUUCGCAGCAGUUGUUUGGCAUUUCUUUGCGACACGGAUACCAUAUGAAGAGUUUUUCCUAAGACAAUUCUUCGGGCGAGAGUAUGAGGAAUAUGCCCAAACUGUCCCUUCUGGGGUCCCAUUUGUGAAGUGAGUUCUACAUCUGAAGGUCUCAGGAAAGAGUGUAGCAUCCUAGAUUCAGACUUGACAACUUGCUACAAGAUGGCUCAUCGUGCUUGUCCUUAGGUCUCUCUUAUGUUAUGGUUGUGUUGCAUUUAGAACAUGCUUUAUAUUGACUUAUCAACAUGGUUUUGCUGCAUAAUUGAGCUUUUCAUCCCUUGGUGGUGGGAUGGUGGAGUUGUACAUGUUCUGAGUUCCAAAAUUGAAUCUUCUGUUAUAAGAUUUUGUUGCUGUUCAAUGAU